GAGGGCGGCGGUUGGUUGCCCGCUCUCUGGCUUUCCUACCCGACCCUCUCCCUGCCGUGACGUGCACGGCGACACCGAGAACCUGCGGGUGACGGGAAACCUGCUCCGUUACCCGGAGACCCGCCCGACCCCUCCUGACCUCGCGCAUCACCGAGCCUGCACCUGUGGGGAGAGCACUUCCCGUCGCUUCCGUUCUCAUCAGUUUGAUCACUGGUAUUUGGGGUGUGCUAGAGACUGCUGUGGGUUCUAAACACUUCAUUUCAGACAGUCGCGACUGCCCUGCGAGGCCCCAACUUUGCUUAUUUAAGCGGAGGAAACUUGGAGGCACGGAAAGAUUAAGUAAUUUUAAGGCCACACAGCUAAUUAAAAGGAAGCGGUGUUUACUAUCUGCAGAGGGAUUUCACGUGCAAUUCCUUCAUUUUGCUUCCACUUUCACGGGAUGAUGACUCUUCUUGCUCUUCACUAAGUUGAAGAAACACUGUGCACUUUAAUCUCCCGUCAGUGACAUUGGGCCAACUGAAGACAGGGUUUUGAAAUCUCAGCUAUAAAGAUAUCCAGCCAAAGUCUCAAUCUUGCCUUAACAAUGUUUCAGAGACUGAAUAAAAUGUUUGUAGGUGAAGUCACUACUUCUUCCAGCCAAGAACCAGAAUUUAGUGAGAGAGAAGAUGAUGAAUGGAUUCUUGUUGACUUCAUAGAUACCUGCACUGGUUUCUCAGCAGAGGAAGAGGAAGAAGACGAAGACAUUGGAGAAGAGUCCUCAGCAGAGCACACUUCUGUCUUCUCCUGUUUACCUGCAUCUUUGGAAUGCUUGGCUGACACCAGUGAUUCCUGCUUCCUUCAGUUUGAGUCCUGUCCAAUGGAGGAGAGCUGGUUCAUCACUCCUCCCCCAUGUUUUACAGCAGGUGGAUUAACCACUAUCAAGGUGGAAACAAGUCCUAUGGAAAACCUUCUCAUUGAACAUCCCAGCAUGUCUGUCUAUGCUGUGCACAACUCCUGUCCUGGUCUCAGUGAGGCCAGUUGUGGGAAUGAUGAAUAUAACUCAAGUGGUCCCAGAAUGGAAGCCCAGAGUGAAAUGGAGAAGCACAUUCACUGCUGUGUUGCAGCGCUUGCUGCUCAGGCAACAUUUUUGGAACAACCCAAGAGUUUUCGCCUUUCCCAGUGGAUAAAAGGACACAGUGAAAGACAGUCUCUGAAGAGAAAUGGCCUCCGUCGCCAGAACCUUACCAGAGAUUGCCACACUCGACAAAUGAAGCACAGUGGCUGGGUGGUUCACCAGCCCUGCCCACGCCAGUACAAUUACUGAGAACAUUGAGAUAUGUUGGUUUGUUUCCUUAGGUUUUGUGCAUAUGUAUGCGUGUACAAUGAAAGUGCUGUCUCCUUCCAGCCAAGUGAAGACCAAUCGCCUAGUGUAUCAGUGUGUUAGGACACUAUCACAACCAGAUUUUUGUGCUGUGUAUCACAUAAUGCCUUGCUCCUGACAAUUACUUUUAAAAAAACCUUUUAGCAUAUUUUUGGAAACAUAUCAAUACAGUGACAGUGUUUGGGGUUGUCUUUAAGUACAGUAAGGUAUAUGUAUGAGUUAGCAUCUUAAGGACAUUUCUAACCCCAAGUCUAAGAAUAGACAUCUUUUCAAUUUCCUUUAUUUUGUAUUAUUUAAUCUCUUGUGUAAGCAAAAAUUUAUUCUCAGGGUCAGUCAUAUACUUUAUUGACCAGUACUUGAUAGCCUUUUCUGUAUAUAAUGAGUCCAUUUUUACACUAACACAAGCAUUAACAGGUAAUUUUUGCCAUGGAUAUAAUGGAAUUAAUGGUUGAACUUACUUUUGAAAGAAAACUUGACAUAUUUCUGUAUAUAUGGUCCCCCCCCCAUUAGUCAUUGUAGUUCAUUGUGGAAUUCAGGUACAUUAACUUUGGUGAACAAUAUAGUCAGUAAUUCUGAUGUGACUCCACGAUAUGGUACAAAUAAUACAGAUGUCGUGGCCAAAAGCAUUUGUUUAAUAUGCAAAGGGAAAAAAAAUCAGACCCAUGAGAUGAUAUCUGGAAUCUAUUUGUAGAUAACCCACAGAGCAGUCAGUAUUUGGAGAUGUCUAGAUUCCUAACUGCCAGCUCAGCUAAAAAUGCACAAGCGUGUGCCCAGGCACUCAGUGACUUCAUGCUUGUGUCUGCCACAAGAAAGGGAGAGACACAGUGGUAACUCCUCAGACAUGGAGCCUGUCCUCCCAAGGGAUUUCUGGUGGCAUCUGUUCGUAGCACCUAAGUGAAGGCUGAUGGGUUGGUUUCCACAAGCUUUUGUUUUUAAACUUCACAGUAUCUUUAGCCACUUUGGUCCCUGUUUCCUCCACAGCAGGGGAGUACUAAUACUUACCUCCCUCACAGAGUUGUGAGGAUUAUAUACUGAUUGGAAGUGGGGCUGUCAGAACUGAACUCUGAACUUCCAGGGUCUUUCUACUGAACCUAGCUGUGGGAGGCUACGGCAGUUUACUGCCAUGACUAUUCUUCAGGGUUGGUGCUAAUGAGGCUAGAGCACAGGGUUCCACUCAUAUAUACCAGUUAGCGUGGUGUAGAGGAAAGUCCAUUCUCUUACCUCUAUCUGGCCAGCUCUUUUUUUUUUUUUUUUUU